AUGUCCGGGCGAAAACGAAAAGUGGAAGGGGAGGAAGAAAUGUCAGCGUCGCCCUCGAGUUCGCCGUCGAUGGCUCCCCGGACCAUAUCACAAGCUCCUAUCUCACGCCACACCAAGCGUAUGCGAACGAAUCUGCAUGGACGCCCGCUAGACCUCCCAAGACUCCUAGAAACACUCUCCCCGCAAGACCUCAGGAGUCUAGUUCGCUCCAUCUGCGACCGACACCCUGAGAUAGGAGCCGAGGUCGUAUCGACCGCACCCAAACCAACCGUUGCAUCCACGCUCGAGGUCCUGAGCAACUACCACAAGGCGCUCGACAAGUCAUUCCCCUAUGGCAACGAUUCCAGAUCCGAAUACGCGUACAACCGGGUGCGGCAACCGCUUCUUGAGCUCGUUGACGCAAUCAAGGACUUCACGCCGCACUUCCUGCCGCCCAACGAGACGCAGAUCCCGAACAUGUUCACGUACCUCGACGGCGCGACCGAAGCUGUACAUUCGAUCCCAGAGUUCAGCCACUACCAGCACAACCGCCACAAGCAGGAGAUGUACGAGGAGUUGGCUAAGGCGUGGAUGCUGGUGAUCCGGGAUAUUGCGCGGCAGGGCGGUGGGAUUAGGCUGUUGCAGCUUGAUGGGUCGGAUAGGACGCUGUUGCGACACAAUGAGAAGUCCGGAGGGCGGUUUCAAGAGGUUCUGAACGAGCUGCGUGCGCAUGUUGGAUGGAUGGCCGGGAACUCCGGAUGCAGCCAGGGCGAGCAAUCUAUACAGGACCAGCUGCGGAACGGCACGUUUGGGCCGGGCCCUGCCUAA